AUGGAUUCUUCCAAAACAAGUGGAACUGGGUACCGCAGAAGGCAAGUUGAUAUUGAAUAUGACGAGGAAAAUACAACGCCCGAUAUUAAGGUAUAUAAGGAAGCAACGCAUUUAACACCUGAACUUAAAGGAACUAAAGACAACCCAAACCAAAUUCGUACUUCAGCUUCACGUGAGCUGGUAGUACAAGGGGCACCAGCCACUAUCCAAAUUGAACUGAACGGCAAUACCCUUUUACACCACAAUCAAUCACCGGAUGCAUUUGCAAGAUUGAGCUCAACGCGCUCUAAAAGUACUAGAGACACCAGUGGAGAAAUUAGACAUUUAACCCGUAACACGGUGCCUAGUAAAAGAGACCUACUACACGGCAAGAGCAGUUCUCAGGACUCCGACAGGAAUUUGAAAAGGAAGAAUGAUUGGGAAACCGAACAAUUCAAUAAAGCGCAACAAUUGAAUCUUCAAACUGAUGAUAAGAUUCAUUUAGCUGCUAAUGAUGAAUACGAGUACGUGUUUGAUGAGUCCCAAUAUGUCAACUUUGAUGGCAAUGAAGAAACUAUAAUAAGUGGAGAUGAAGAGCAGGUCCAAGCACCGUCAAGUAAAUCGAAAGAUAUAGAAAGUUUGAAAAUGUCGCUCCCAGUCUAUCAAUACAAGAAGGAAUUUUUGAAACUUUUAGAAGGCAGCCAGGUGAUUAUAAUUGUGGGAGAGACAGGGUCAGGUAAGACCACGCAGUUGCCUCAGUAUCUUUAUGAAGGUGGAUAUUCUCAAGGGAAUACUAAGAUAAUAGGAUGCACUCAACCAAGAAGAAUUGCAGCUGUUUCGGUGUCCCGAAGAGUUGCUGAUGAAAUGGGGACUACCUUGGGUGGGCCCAAAGGGAAAGUGGGAUAUUCAAUUCGGUUCGAUGAUAAUUGUUCACCAUCAACCGUUAUAAAGUUUUCUACUGAUGGUAUGUUGUUGAGAGAGUUUUUGAAUGAUCCCAGCCUAUCCAGCUAUGGAGUCAUAAUGAUUGAUGAAGCACAUGAGCGUACCCUAUCAACCGAGAUUUUGUUGAGUUUAUUGAAAGAUUUGUCGUUACAACGAAAAGAUUUGAAGAUCGUGAUUGCCAGUGCUACAAUCAAUGCAAAAAAAUUCUCAAAUUACUUCAACGGGGCCCCUAUUUUGAAUAUACCGGGAAGACGGUUCCCUGUGAAGAUACACUACACAAAGCAACCCGAAGCCAAUUACUUGCAGGCAGUAAUGACCACAAUAUUUCAAAUUCAUUUAACACAACCAUUACCGGGAGAUAUUUUAGUAUUUUUGACGGGACAGGACGAAAUCGAAAAACUCGAAACUCAAAUACAAGAUGCUAUCGUCAAAAUUGGGGACCAAUUGGAAGAUAAAAAAUUAUCGGUAUGUGUCGUUUAUGCCAACCUACCAAGUGAAUAUCAAAGUAAAAUUUUUGAGCCAGCACCCAUCAAUACGAGAAAGGUCAUAUUGGCAACAAAUAUUGCUGAAACAUCCAUUACUAUUGAGGGAGUAUCUUUUGUCAUUGAUCCUGGAUAUGUCAAGCAGAAUGAGUUCAACCAUCUGACAGGGAUGGAAAGUCUAGUUGUCGUCCCCUGCUCCAAAGCCAAUUGUGAUCAAAGAGCGGGCCGUGCAGGAAGAGUGGGACCAGGAAAAUGUUUCCGGAUGUUUACAAAACACUCUUUUGAUCAUGAAAUGGAUGCUUCACAAAAACCUGAAAUUCAACGAAUAAAUUUGAAUUCAGUCAUAUUAUUGUUAUUGUCCCUCGGGGUUAAUGAUUUAUUGAAUUUUCAGUUUUUAGACCCUCCUCCAAAGGAGAGUAUUAUGAAUUCAUUGAAUCUUUUGUAUUCCCUUGGCGCGAUCAAAUCUAAUGGAAAACUAUCGAAAACAGGGUUCAAAAUGAACGAGUUCCCGCUUGACCCUGUGUUAACCAAAUGCAUUUUGAGUAGCGAAGAUUACGGUGUCACUAAAGAAAUUUGCAUUAUUAUCGCCAUGUUGACAGAGUCUUCUAAUUUGAAGUACUCCCCCAGACAAAUCGACCAAGAAAUAGUCAGAAAAAGACACAGCCAAUUUGAUGCACCCGAAGGCGAUCAUUUGACAUUGUUAAACAUUUUCUAUCAGUGGCUGAACUCUGGGUUUUCAAAGCAUUGGUGCGAGGACAAUUUUCUACAAUACAAGACCUUACAACGAGCACUUCAUAUUUUUCAACAAUUGAUCAAAAUUUGCAAAAAGAUUGGUGUUAAUAUAAACGAAGGAACAAAUGGGGAAUAUAAAUCUUUCGUAGAGGAAAAUGUGAAUAAAGAAGAUCGCGAAUCACAGCAGGUAUUCUAUACUUCCGUUCAAAAACUGUUACUCAGCGGAUUUAUCAACAAUGUAGUCAAGUUAUCACCAAUGGGGGAUUGCUAUCAACCAAUAUCGAAGUCAAGACAAAAUAUCCCUUGCUUUGUACAUCCGUCUUCAACCUUGUUCAAAAUCAAGAUGCAUAAGCCAAAGUAUUUGGUUUACUUUGAGUUGGUCUUAACUAGUAAAGAGUACAUGAGGAAUUGUUUGAUCUUAGAUGAGCUGAUCGUGAAGAAGACACGGAAUGAAAUGUGA